AUGACGUACAGAUCCUACUUCACAUACCGCAGGCAUGUGACAAGCAAGCACAGUGGCCUCCUUGGAAGUCACGACUCACGAGCCACCUCUCAAGCCACCCAGAAUGAAGGCAGUGAGGAAAUUGGGGAACCCACGGGGGCCGAAAGUACGGUGUCUCAGGACGAUGAUGGCAGUAAUGAAGCUGAUGACAUCAGUAAUGAAGAACAAGAUGCAUCCAGUUCCGUAUGUACAGCAGAUUCUACGAAGCGCCUUGCACUCUUGCUUCUGAAGUGGAAGGAGCAAAUGAGGCUACCAGAGUCCAGCUUGAAUGAAGUUGCAAAUGAUGUCAUACAUUACAUCCAGGACUUAGUUCAGCAAUCUGCAGAUACACCUGAUGCACAGCCACUUACUGAGAUCAUUAAGGAGCUGCCUAUUCUACAAACAAAAGGUGGUCGGGAAGACUACUGGAAGAGCACACUGCCUUUAUGUACAACCAGCAACGAUGCACCUGGGAAACAACUCAAAGGGAAAGCCAGAUACGUUCCAGUUCCACACGUAAGUGUACAACAGAGCAGCGAAGGCCACCUCAAAAGCGUGUUUGAUGGCUCCGCCUUCAAAGGGCACAAAUAUUUUCAAGGCGAUACCAACAGGCUCUGUAUCCAGCUCUACUGUGAUGAAUUUGAAGUCUGUGAUCCCUUGGGUGCCAAAAGAGGAAAACAGAAGUUGGUAGUCAUAUACUAUUCACUUCUAAAUGUGCCUGCUGAGUACAGAUUCCUUCUGCAACAUAUCCAUCUAGCUGUGGUUGCUCGGGACAAGCUUGCGGAACGCUAUGGACUGGACCGUAUUCUGGAGCCCCUUGUGAAGGAUGUCACAGAGCUAGAAACAGAAGGCAUAGUCGUGAAUUCUAUACGGUACACUGGGUCAGUGCUGUGUCUCUCAGGCGACAACUUAUCCAGCCACCGUGUGGGGGGAUUUGCAACAAGCUUCAGCCACGGUCGCGUGUGCCGCUUCUGCAUGGCUUUGCACUAUGAACUGUCUGCCAAGCACAAGGAGCAGCAUUUUCACAUGCGGUCUCCUGAAAGCCAUGCAUACCACCUCGACAUGUUGGAAAGCGGGUUGCCUGCACUUUCAUUAUAUGGAGUGAAAAUGCCCUGUGCAUUACCACUUCACGGGUUUGACCCCACAGAGCACCUGCCGCCCGACGUGAUGCAUGAUGUUCACGAAGGCAUCUUGCCAUUCCUCCUGAAGCACGUACUUUCCAAGCUUGUUUCUGACAAAUAUUUCUCCUUGGAAACCUUGAAUGCUUCCAUUGAAAAAUUUGGAUACGACCCAUGUGAUGUGAAAAAUAAGCCCGAGAGUAUACAUCCGACUGUUCUGACAGGCAAGGGCUCGCUGAAAGGGAGUGCCUCUCAGAAGUUCUGCUUAUUCAGGAACAUUGCUCUUUAUGUUGGAGAGUUCAUUCCGCAAGAGAACAGGUUCUGGAGGCUCUACACUAUGUUCCGAGAAGUCGUUGACCUGAUCAUGUGCAGAGACUUGCCACUUGACCACGUUCCUUAUCUCCAUCGCCGCAUCGAGUUUUUCCGGCAAGAAUUCCAGACACUGUUUCCAGCUGUGAGAGUCCCAUGCAAAAUGCAUUACAUACUCCACUACCCCACCUACAUCUAUAAGUAUGGACCACUCAUCCAACUGUGGUCCAUGAGGUUUGAGGGAAAACAUCAAUACUUUAAGGACAUGGCGAGAAAGCUAAAGAAUUUUAAGAACAUUGCUUUCUCAAUGGCACAAAGGCAUCAGCUCUACCAAAUGUACAUGUGGACGCAACCAGACUCCCAGGAUAGUGUAUCCAGCAAGGGCUGCAGGACAACCCCUACGGAGCAAGCACCUGAGGCUAUCCAACUGUAUCUAGCAAGCCAUGGCAUCGAGCAACGUCAGGUUGUUUCCAUGAAGAGCGUGGAGUUCAGUGGCAAGGCUUAUGUCACGGGCUGUGUGCUCACGUCACAAGGGGCUGAUGGUGAAUUACCAGAGUUUUUGGAGGUUUGCGGAAUAUAUUCUGUCAACCGACGCAUCCUCCUGCUUGUUAGGAAACUUGCAACGAUGGAGUUCAACGACCAUUUGCAUGUUUAUGUUGUCGAACGUAGGGAGGAGACUUUCAUAACAGACAUUUAUUUUGAGCAUGUAUCGGACUUGCUCAAAGUGCACAGGAAAGGAGACAUGUUUGUCAUAAAUCCACGGCAGGCACUUAUAUGA